AUGUUUCUUGUAGAAUUAAUCGCCUCCUCAUUUCUCGGUCUAAUUCUCAAGCAGGCGAGACCUGAAUGCCGCUGUAAGCGUGUUCUUGUAUAAGCACAACGCAGGUACGUUCAGGCUUGCUGACUAUGAGAGUUACGAACGCUAUCCCGAAUGACUCUAACGAAUUUCCUGUUGUUAACCAAAGUGGAAUAAACAAUCCUAUAAGAAAACCAAUGAAAGCUUGACAGCUAAAUCCACAAGGCUCUACCUUAAAAACCCAAACAGGAACUCUAAUGUAGGUAAUAAUCAAGGUCAGCGAUGGUCCCAAAACGCACCCACUUUAAAGACUGACAAUCAAACUUAAUUAAACCCCAAGCUUAAUGACACUUAUGUCGACAAACCUAUUAAAAAGAUAAUAACGCUCAAAAACCUGUUAACACAUAUAUGUAUAUCGCUUAACGUUGAUCUUCAAAUCCAAAUAUAACGAGACCCUAAGCACGAGCGAACGCUCAAGAACGAACAAACUUGACGUCAUCAAGAAUCCUUAUGAUAAUGACGUCAAAAAAACAACCACUACUUCAUAACACGUUUUACAAAUGAAGGGGAAAAAGUCAGAGAAGGAUAAUAUUAUUUCUAUUAGACGGAUGAAUAAUUACAGCUGACGUCUAAUGACUGAAUGCGAAUUAUAUUGAGUCAGUCGUGUUUAGAGAACAUGAAGGAUGAUAUGUAUAUUUUUAAGUGUUGAAAAGGUGUAUAGGUUUAUAUAAAACAAUGGGUUUAAAGAACAAGUUAGAACAAUUUUACAAGCUCGGUGACUCGAUCGGUGGCCUGUCCGCUAGUCGAGAGUAGAGUCUUGCAAAAUUAAACAAACGACUUAAGGUGUAUGUUCAGUAGCUCGGAGGCUUGGCGGUACAGUGUCUCUUUAGUCUUUUGAAUAACUGACGAACGACCGAUCCAUAACAAGAAAUUGCCACUUGAAAUGAUUUAUUCUAAAAGGGUAUCCAAUAUUAACCUGUAUUAUGUUGUUGUCGUUUUUUUUUCACUCCAUAUAUUAUUUAAUUUUUUCAUCCGUCUUACAGGUCAAGUUUCAGUACGAAACGUUUUUAAUUCAAGAUUUGGUACGGCUGGUGGCGCGAAUUUGAGAGAAGGGCAAAAAGGAAAAAUGUGUUGGUUUGGCGAUGGAAGAAAACAUUUGAUCUCCCUGAAACCUUGACGAACGUGUAUAAUGACAUGGGCUUAGUCAUCUCGUCUUUAACUGGUGUAAAAUGUGCCGUCGCUGGGUGCCUGAGUUAAAACCCCUGCGAAAUACUGUAUUGCCUAAGUACCAAUAAGUCCAUGCAAUAAGGUAAUUCGUAAUAAUGUGGAAAAGGGAGGGUUCUCAUUUGAACGAAUAACCCGUUUGACUUUACCGAUUCAGAACAGGAGAUCUGACUACUGAACCAUGCCUUUGCUGUUCCGUUUUACAAAUGAAAGGGGAAAAAAAACAGAUAUUGAUAAUAUUAUUUGUAUUUGACAGAUGAAUAACUACAGCUGACGUCCAAUGACUGAAUGCGAAUUAUAAUGAGUCAGUGUUUAGAGAACAAGAAGGAUGAUGUUUAUUUUUAAGUGCUGAAAAGGUAUAUAGGUUUAUAUAUAACUAUAGGUUUUAAAGAACAAGUUAGAAAAAUUUUACUGGCUCGGUGACUCGAUCGGUGGCCUCUCCGCCAGUCGAGAGUAGAGUCUUGCAAAACAAACUACUUAAGGUAUAUGUUCAGUAGCUCGGAGGCUCGGCGGUUCAGACUCAGUCUUUUGAAUAGCUGGCGAACGACCGAUCCAUAAAAAGAAAUUGCCAGGCACUUGAAAUAAUUCAUUCUAAAAAGGGUAUCCAGCGUUAGUUUGUAUUCUGUUGAUGUAGUUUUAUUUUUUUCACUCCCUAAAUUAUUAAAUUUUUUCAUUCGUCUUACAGGUCAAGUUUCAGUACAGGAACGUUUUUAAUUCACGAUUUGUUACGACUGGUGGCGGGAAUUUGAGAAGAGGGCAACAAAACAAAUGUAUUGGUUUGGCAAUGGAAGAAAACAUUUGAUCUCACUGAAACCUUGACGAACGUCAUAAUGACAAGGGCUUAGUCAUCUCGUCUUUAAUGCAUGUAAAAUGUGCCGUAGAGUUUCGCCGAGGUCGUUCAAGUAUUUCAUUUUUUCAUCAGUCAUUUUUACUGCACUAUUGAUAUACAGCUUUGGAAUAAGCUGGGACGUAGUAUACACGGCUGACUCCAAGUUCGCCAAGGACUCAAAUACGUUCAAAGUGAGCAGCUGGCAGAGUUGGCAAAACGACCGUUUAGGAGACAGCAUGAGAACACUAUCUGAUCUUUAUGAGAACGUUAUGACCAAAACUGCGGCUAAACGGAAGCACAGGAUAAAUGGCUCUGCUAUAGGCUCAGUCAACAGGCACUCAUCUCGGGAUGAAUACUGGAGGUUUCGCAAUGGAGGCGUUAAAGAUCAAAAUACACCUGAAAAUACCACCGGAGGGAGCUUGAAACUGACUUUGAAAGCCUAUAGUGCUAUAACAAGUCCAACUUUGUCGAAAAAGCGUACGCGAACUUUCACGGACGUGAAUUCAGCCAAGGGCAAACUAAACUCAUCAGUUUAUGGUGAAGUAGGCUGCCCUGAUAACCCGUGGAGGAAGGCGUUAAAUAAGCUUCUUCGACACUGGAUCCAAAUUUCUAAACAAAACAAUAUAGAGUAUGUUUUGGCGUGUGGUAGUCUCCUAGGAGCGAUGCGAGAUGGUGAUGUCAUUCCUUAUGAUUCAGACAUCGAUAUUCUCGUCGAUCAAAAUUAUUUCUCGAUCUUUAAAAGGUUGUCUUCAAAGAGAGACUUUAGUACUUCAGAUGAAAAGAUUCGGCUGGUUGUUCAGCCAGAAUUUACCUUAAACAUACCAGUGGAAGUGAGGAAGCGUUUUACCUGCCAGGGAGAGGUUCGUAUCUAUUUUGUACUUAAAUUUUUUAUUCAGCUAUUAGAGUUUUAAUCGGAUUUAUUUAGUUUCAUUUAUUUUAUUUUCAGUUUUAUUUAUUUUAGUUUCAUUUGGCGUGGGAUUCCCAGACAACUUCCAAAAUAAGUGUGAAAUAAAACAAAGUCGACGAUAGAGCGCCGACAUUUAUUUAUUGGAAAAGGAGUCAUAAUUAUUUCGUUUUGGCGUGCAGUUUCCGGAUGUACCUAAUAAACAUGCACUCAAAGAAAACGAGAUAUAAAAUGUUCGAACGGUAUUAGAAGUACAGAUUCGAGUACGACUGGCACAAGAGGUCGCAACUGGUUACUGGUCGAUACUGGAGCGGCCGCUUUAGCGAAAGACACAGUCCACCUCUUAUUAUCUUUCAAACUGGCUUUCACAAUGCUGGUCUUAACUUAGUUAACUGGAGCUGGUUGCUUACCAGAGUGGUCGCAAAGACAGCUUGUGUACAGCAGCCGAAUCCACAAGGAAGCAUUUCAAGCUGUUGUAUUACUACUAAGAAGAUAGAGCAAAAUAUAAAUUGAGAGGAGAAAAGCAACUAGAUACAGACAACUGAGGCUCUGCAUGAGGGGAAAAAGGAGAAAAAAAAUCGACGUGGGCGAAAUAAAAAAUCGGCGAGGAGAGCGAUCCUAUUUUACCCGGUUUUUUGCCUUUUUUCCCCAUUGCAGAGCCUGGCCUUCCAGGCUAUCACCACCACCACCAACACCACCACCACCACCAUCAUCUUCAUCAUCAUCAUCAUUAUUUUUUUUUUCUGUUGUUGUUGUUUUUUGGAAUAAUUCAAUCUCAAGCAGCCAAUUGUAAAUUGCCUAAACGUAGCGAGAUUUACAAUUGUAGAUUCAAAAACACAAAUAUAGUUUCCAUUUUUAUUAUUGUCGUUAUCAUAGAGUUCGGUUCCUGCUGCAAAUUUGGAUUUUUUUUCCCAGCAUUACAUCAUUUUACUCUCCAUUUAAUUUCUAUUUCAGUUUCAUCGCAUUGGGUUAUUUCUUGGUUUGUUCAAUGUGUACAUGUUACAUGUCAAAUCUGAUUUCAGGUUAAUUUUAAAUUAACCCAGGUUGAUUCUCAAUUUCCUUUGUCUCCUAGCCCUAAUUAUUCACGAAUUAGAGCUAGAAGACAGAGGAAAUUGGGAAUUAACCUAGCCGUUAAAAAAAAUUUAACCUGAAAUCAAAACUAACCUGUAACAUACACAUCACUUACUAAUAUUCUUGAAAGGUGCAUGUCAUUAUUACCGACACUAAGUAAUCUACGUUUUGAUAACUAGUCUGAGCGCGAUCCCCCUCUCAAGUUGAGCUCUAACCCAAUUUUCCUACUUUUAUGUAACUUGGCACUUGAGAUAAUCGCGAAAUAACCGACCAUAGGGACCUUAAAUAACCAUCUUUCUCUAAGCCAUUUUGCACCUGUGUCAAUUACAGAAAAAAAUGUAAACAAUUUUAAUGUAUAUUUUGCAGUUAAUUUCUUAUGUCAGUUAAGGUGGCUCUGAGCCCGCAACAUUGAAUAAGCCAUUGUUUAGCCUGAUGACCGUUGAAGUAACCACCGCGGUCAAACGUCUAAAUCGUUAUUUUUGUUUUUUAUUGCUGGGAUUUCAUUUACCAGUUACAGAAAAAUGGGCAAAGAUGUAUAAAUCAGUUAGUCAACAUAGCUAUCUUUCCAUUUUUCUCAAAAUUUUGAGCUUUUUUCGCUGAAAACGCUUCGCGCUAAAAGAGAAUCUUGUUUGAAAAUGGCGCCGAUAAUAACGUCAGCAUCGGUUUUCAAUCACUUAGAACUUUUUUAGUAAAUUUUUAAAAAGUUUAGUAAACUAGCAGGAUGUUGGUAAUACCCUAAACUUUUGAUAGUGAAAGUAGCAACCUUAACUUUGAAGUAUUUCGCUUAACUUUUGCAAAUUUCACUCGUUUGACCGCUGUGAAGUUGAAGUAUGGGCCCCCAUGCACUAUUUACCGUGAGAGCAUGGUGUCUAGCUCUAGACCUAUGCACAUCUUGGCCCUUCGGCCUAUGGUAUUACCACUUAUAUUGCCUUCGACACCCUCCUCCUCCUCCUCCACCCGUCCCACUUACAAAUUUGUUACUUAAGUGCUGAUUAAUUAAUUUAAACUACAAUUGUUAUUUAUACCUAAACUGCAUUUGCGCUUCUUUUCCACAGGAAACUCCUACAAUGGAAGACCAAUGUUCUUUUCAAGAACCCAUGGCAAGACUAAUUAAAGGCAAUAAUCACAUUGACUUUUACCAUUUUUACAACAAAGUGGAUGUAGUUGACGAUCCUUGCGAGGAUAGGCUUAAGCAGUACCAUAAGAAAGAUUUCUAUCCAUUUCGACCGUGUAGCUUUAUGGGAUUGCAGGCAUCGUGUCCAAAUAAUUCUUGGGAAGUACUACGUAUAUAUUUUAACAGUGACAACUUGGAACCUAUCUACAAGUGCAAAAAUGGUACUUGGGUUGAUAAAGGUGGUUUAACGGCAAAGCUUUGA